AUGCCCGAGGAUAUACCCACCAAAGCGUCACUAGCCAUAUCAAUCCUCCAUGAUCUCUUGGAGAAGCAGAUCCACCAGCUUAUCGUGGAAAGGCUCCUUCUUGAGAAGCAGAUCAGACAGACCCACCACGACUCACGACCGCUACCGGCGCACACGUUUGCCGGCUUGUCCAACUUGAUAGAUGAAAACUCUAUGAUUGCGUCUACCGCCAGCACCAACAACAGCUCCCAGGCCGCUUCACGUGCCAAUUCGCCUGCUACUGCCUUGCUCCUGAACGGGCAUGAAACUGUAUUUGACGAAAACGAGAAGAAUACUCGUGUGGUGUAUGUGUAUUCGGGUUUGGGAGGCAACAGGGAUAUUUACGGAAACGAGGGGUUGAAGCAAGCCGAUGCAUCGAGGUACUUUGUGUGUAGCAAUUGCACACGAAAGAUUGCCGGGAGUCGGUUUGCGGCCCAUGUGGAUCGUUGUCUCGGCGGGAGACUGGCCAGAAGGACUUAGGCUAUCGUAGACUUACCGCUGAGGGAUUUUACUCCCGGGUUUAAAGCUAAUUUCUGACGGCUCUUACCACUUACGACUUUUGCACUAGUCUUUCGUUGUUAACGGCUAUUUUCAUGACUAUAACCAUUAAAGGAAUAGGGGAUAUCUGUUGCAUCAUGGAAUUAUAAAUGCCUACAUCUCUGGUAGAGAAAUAGAUCUGAACCAUCGAAUUACUCGUUAUACCCACGAUCAGUACACAAAUCCCGUAAGCUAUAGAUUUUAU